AUGUUGGUAGAUGUGGCAGAAGGCACAGAGUCUCCAGUCUUCUCUGUAACCCAUGUGGAGAGUGAUAAUGGAGAGGCGGAAUCCUGUCCUAACAUGGCCCUACUAAACAGCAUAGAUCAGAGUCGGCGGCACCGAACUGCUUUUACGCGGGAACAGCUUGCGCGUUUGGAACAAGAGUACUGCAAAGAGAGCUACGUGUCACGGGCCAGACGGUGCGAACUAGGGGCGGCACUCAAUCUACCUGAAACCACAAUUAAGGUCUGGUUCCAGAACAGACGGAUGAAGGACAAGAGACAGCGCCACAGUCUAAGCUGGCCUUAUUCACUAGACCAAAACUUGUGUACCUUGAUGGUAAGCCAGGCAGUAACAGGACUGCCAUACCCGUUGCUGCCUCAGGUUCCUUUCCACUUAUUUUCUCCUUUGAGUAUGGGGGGCGUGCCGCCUUUCAACAAUUUGUCCAGUCCUUACCGUGCUGCUUGUAUAAGACCACUGGACACCAUGCACCUUCCACAUUCACCAUACACCAGGCUAAAUGGGCUUCCGUCUUCGGUUCUCUACCCACCGGUGCCCACGAUGCAACAUCCUCCAGCAUGUCCUUGUUCCUUCUGCCUCCAGUGGCCUCCACCAGACCACCUGAGCAAAGCCAGAAGGGCGGACAGCCCCGGGCUGAGUCUAGCAGGCAGCUCCAAAUCCUCAGCAGUGCUACUGGAACAUAAAAAAGUACACUUUCCUCACUAA